CUUUUUUUCUAAUUUUACGAUGAUUAUCCCCUUUUAUUCGCUAUUCAGUCUUUUAAUUCCUACGAGAAAUCGGAAAGAGUUUUAAUUGAACUGUACAAACAAAAGGGGAAGCAUAAUCUUAUAUUAAUUGAGCAGCAUCUUGUAUUCUUUGUUGAGAGAGAGAGACAGUUAAAUACAUCAUCACCCUUUUGACAUUUUUUUUCUCCGAAUUUCCUCAACCGGCAAAGAAACUUUUCUCUGGAUUUCUCCAUUGGUUUCCCAUUGAAACACAUUAGUUUUUGUUUAAACCCUUUUUAGAUUAAGCAUUUCUUCUCUGACUAGAACAUUCUUCAAGUAGAUUGCAGAUUUCAAUAGAUUAUUGUUUAGGUUUCUUGGGAAGAAUUGCAGUUGAUCAUCUCUUUGCUGCUGAAUUCAAUUUUUUGUUCAAUUAAAUUUAUUAAGUCAGAACUGAUUGGGAAAGGGAGUGGGAAAAAAAAAAAAAAACUUUUCCCAUCCCUUGAAGAAUAAUCCAAUAUUUGGUUUGUGGGUGCCAUCAAAAUCGAACCUUUGACCAAGAAAAGGAGUGAUUUCUUUCAUUUGGGAGAAGGGUUUUGUGAAAAAUUGAAUCUUUUUUCUUUUAAUUUUUCCACCAUGACUAAGAAUCCAGUGUCUCUUGAUAAAUGGAGGGAUUAUUUCACCACUGCAAAUUCCGAUAUUUUCAGCAUAAUCGAGCAUGCAAUCAUGGUUGCUGCUUCGGAUUUCCCUUAUGAUUUCAAGCUGAAGAGGGAUCGGAUAGCUGAGAGGCUGUUCACGUGUAGAAUGACAAAGUGCUUAGGUUGCAACAGAGCUGAAGUGUGUGUUGGAUAUGAUGAUUGUCUGAAGGAAACUGGUGGUGAUGGUAAAGAUUCGAAAGGGAACAAAGUGAGUAGAGAAGAAGAAGAAGAUGGUGAUGAUCACAGAGAGGUGAUGGAGAUGAAUGCUGAAAAUCGGGCUCGUGAUCAAGAUUAUGAUGAUGCUGAGGCACUGACUGAUGAGAUUGAGGAGGAAUCUCAGUUGCUUGAAGAGGUUGCAAGGAUCAAAGAGGUUCUUGAUGAGAGAGAAGGAAAGUCUGAUGAGGUGCUGUUUGAAUCACUGAGGCGGCUUCAGUUGAUGCCGUUGUCUGUGGAGAUUCUCAAGGCAACAGAGAUUGGGAAAUCUGUUAAUGCUCUGCGGAAGCAUGGAUCGAAGGAAAUCCGGGAUCUUGUUAGGCGACUAGUUGAGGACUGGAAACUCAUGGUUGACGCGUGGGUUAAUGCUACGACAGCCAUUGCAGGUGCAGAUUGUACGACUGAGUCUGCAAAAACAUCUGGUGUUGAAGAAGAGGAGGAAGAAGAAGGGCUUCCGUCUCCUCCUCUGGACGAAGGAGCUUUUCUCGCGACUCCUACAUCAAUGGAGUGGUCGCAGUUCUUUGACGGCAUGGAUGAUGAUGGAAAUCUUCAAAACUGUGGGGAAUUCAACAAGAACCCAAAAAAUGGCAGAACGCGGAUACCUGAAAGAUCAGACAUUCCCACACAGAAAUCCGAGAGUCCGAACGAUUCAAGAACUCCUCCGAAGGACUUGAAGGCUGGAAAUCGGAGGAAUAAAGAAUCUACGACGAAGAAAGAAUCUCCUCCCUGCAAACCAAACACACCAGCCAGACCAAAGCCUCCCAGCAAUGAGACGGGCACUAGGAGACCAAAUCCAACUGCGCAACCAAAUGGUAACUACAUCUUUAAGGCCCACCAAAAUGGCACAAUUCAGAAGAAACCAUCUCCUCAACAAGAGAAGACGAAUCGUGUCAACGAGGCUUCACAUAAGAUGAAACUAGAGGUUGCUAAGAGGAAACUUCACGAGCGCUAUCAAGAAGCUGAAAACGCCAAGAAGCAGAGAACGAUACAAGUAGUCGAGCUGUGCGACCUCCCAAAGCAGAAUCUUGCUCGAGGGAACCAGCAUACGAGACCGGGCAACCACCACAGGCAAUGGGCGCAGGGCCGGUGGUAACUUUCAUUAUUCAUAACCCUAGCUAAUUCUAAUAAUCUUGAGUUUCCCCCUCCACCCUAACCGUGGUGGUGGAGUGGUGGAGUGGAGUAGUGUCGCUAAUCUCCCGGUUACUCAAGCGUCGAACGUCUUGGGAAACGAGAAUCCUGAGUGAUAGAUCGGACUUUUUUUCGCCCGUACCGUCUAAAUCAGUCAAUGUAGCAUAGAAACAUUGUAGUUGAUAAUUUAUAAGUGCAUAUCAAUGUGCUUGCUUUGGAACACCACAUUAUGGCCUCCUUUUAGAUUGUCACAUUCUUGAUAUAUUCCUUUGCAUUGUUUGUAAAGGAUUGGAAGGGAUUUAUUUAUUUUUGCACAUAAAAUUAGUACAGUUGACUAAA